CCUCCUCCAGCCACCAGCCCGUUCACGCCGGCAGUUCGCUUGUGGAGCCGGUCGAGACAACGUUGACGCACGCUUGCGCCUCUCUCUUUCUCUCUCCCCACAGCUACCGGUGCGCCGCGCGCCGCAACGCCCCAUCGUUGCGCCGUCCUGCACCUUCCUUGCACCUGCGCGUUGUCGUCAGUUUCCCAGGUGUUCGUGCACGAGACCCUGCCUGACACGGGACGCCCGACCGCCGAGCCAGCCCGUGGCCCGCCCGCUGCGUGCUGCACCCAGCAACCCCGAAGCACCUCCCCGCCGAGGCCGUGUCGAGCCAAGGGUAGCCCGGUAAGAGACAGAGAGAUCCUCUCGGGUGGCGCUGUGGGCGCGCGGCGAGCCUCAGCCGCUAAAGCAAUCCCGUCUUUUGCCGGAGCCACAGGACGCGUGGUGAUGGAGACAUGGACUGCGGGGGCCCCGGACGGCGUGCCCCUCCCUACCCCUCUCUCUGUGCGCUCCGCCCGCCACACCGCGUCAUGCGGCAGCACCGCCAGCGCCCAGGACAAGACCUAAGUCACGAUCGCCACCACCACAACCACCACCCAGGACUCCGCCAUGUCCCUGCAAGGGAUCGCCUCCCCGGCCGCCGCCGUGGUGCCCGUGGCGCCCGCGGCCGCCCUGGCCGCCCAGGCCGGCCAGGCCGCGCCCCCCAGCCCCACCCUGGUGCCCGUGCUCGCCUCCUCCCUUAGCCCCGCGCUGGGCCCGACCAUGGGCCCCAUGGGCGGCCCCAUAGGCGGCCCGCCCACGCCCCCAGGGCCCUCCACGAGCACCGCGGCGACGUCCACGGCGGGGCCCUCCUCGUCCGGGCCGGGGCCCAGCCACGGCGCCACCUCGUCCUCGGACACCAGCACGUCAGAGCCGCAGCCGCAGUGCGCGGCGUACAACGACGAGCUCACGGCCAG